AUGAACGCUUACAACCUGAAGGCACCUACCCCAAUGGCUUUUAGUACUCUUUCCGUCCCCGUUGAAGAGCGAGCGACACGACUUCUUGCGGCGUGUGAGUCCUGUCUUGUAGUUACUCGCAUCCCGGGUGUUGACAUGUCGUUUCGCCGCAUCAUGGAACGCAAGUGUUUGCGCUGCGGUGGCACCCUGGUGCUGCCCCAGGAGGUCAUGGAGAUGCUCAUCCUUUACGGAAGCUUUGUGCCCGAGUCAGUAGCUGUCACACUCAUACUGGGAACGAUGGUGCUGCAUCCGUCGCUACGACCGGACUUUAUGGCGGCGGCGAUGAACGAGCUGCUUAGUCCCCUGCAGACGGACUUUGUCUAUGAUGUGGCCGUACCCAAGCGGCCAGAAGGACUGGGUAUGUCGCUGCGCAUGAAUCAAGGAAAUCUCGUUGUUGGCGGCUUUAUUGACUUUGAGAACAACAGUGAAAGUCCAUCUGUUGCAGCUCGAAUAAUUGCUGUAAAUGACGUGUUGGUUGCGAUCAACAAGAAGUCUAUCACGUCAUGGUCAUUUGAAAAGAGUAUUAGCAUGCUGGCUCGUGCAGCGUCGCCUGUGUACUUGACAUUUCGGCGUCGCCAGGCCGUUAUGCUGCUCUAA